AUGUGCCAGAGAGCAGACGCUGUCCCCUCCUACAGGUCCCUCCCUGGGUCCGUCGGAGACCGCAUCAGGAGUAAUAUGUUUGGGACAAUAUGUAGAGGCUCUACGUCGGUGAAUCCAGGCUUUGGGAGGUCUGAUAGGAAAGUUGCGUGUUGUGAGAAGUGCUCAGCAACCCUUGUUGCUCUGAAGAAACAAGCUCUGAGUCUGGCUGUUCACCAUCACUUCUCCUGCAAGGACUUGAGUGACCUGUCAGCAUUUCUUAAAGACAACCUUCGUGUCCAUAGUCGGUCCACCACUGAAUCCAGGGACAGAGAGAGGGAGCAGGGCCAGUGUGCAGCCUGUGGUACAAACCUGAACCAGCUCAAACAGGAGGCCAUCCACCUGGCUCUGAGCAGGGGUCAGUCAUUAGCUAAGCCUCCCUUUGAACCCAGCCUCAGCACAGGCUCACUGCUGGGACAAAGUGAGACAAAGCAUGGGGACAGAGCUCCAAGGGAAGCUGCCAUGGCUGCACAUCAACCACACAGUCGAAGCCACAGUCCUCACAGCCCACAGAGCCCCAGGACGCCUCAGAGGACCCCCCAAACCCUCAGGCGGAGGGGGCCCAAGCUCCCCAACCCCGAUAUGGACCGCUGGCUAGAGGAGCAGCAGCUGGUCGCUUCUAAAUCUGUGUCCAAUACUGAUGGUGUCACCAUCUACUCUUACCAUAAGGCUGCAGAUGAUGCAACCCUGGGCUGUGGUGAUGCUGGGACUGUACAGACGAGCUCAAAGAUCCCUCACAUCUCCAGAGUGGUGACCAUUGCCAAUACUGCUGCCAUGUCCUUUUUGGCCAGGGCUGCUGAGAAGCUCAACCUGACAUCGAGGAAAAAAGGCCAGGCUUCUGAUCCAGCUCCUGCGCAUUUCUCCACCUGCUUCAGGGAGAUCAUCCAGAAAAAUCCGCCGCCUGUCCCCUCCUGCCUGCUCCAAGCUGCCACCAGAACCAAAGACUCACCCAAUGUUGGCAAGGUCAAAGUCGUGCUGAGGGUAAGCCCAACACUGUCAGGAGGCCAAGGCCAACCACCUGUUCUCCAGAUUGACCCAUCCAAGAAAAGGGUCACUAUAAUGGAUCCAGUUAGUAAAAGCCAACCACCCACUACAAUGAUACAAGGCAGGGACGGCAGAAAUAUCCUGAAGACAUUCAACUUUGAUGCUGCCUAUCCUCAGGAGUCAAGCCAGGCUGAGGUGUGUGCAGGCGUCUUGGCUGACAUCAUCCGCUGCGUGCUCAGUGGCAGCGAUGGAUGUGUUCUGGGUUUGGGAUGUGCUGCUGUGGGCUCCUGGUCCAGCAUGGUGGGGAGUGAUGAGAGCAUCCAGAAGCUCGGGCUGAUUCCCUGUGCCAUCUCCUGGCUGUACAGCGCCAUCGAGCGACGGAGAGAGAAGACCUGGACUGAUCUGACCGUGUCAGUGUCUGCCAUCGAGCUCUGCUGCGGCGAGGAGGACACACUGAGAGAUCUACUGGGGGAGGUCGUCCCCUCGUUAGGCAGUAUCCAGGACAGCCCGAGAGCCCGAAUUAGACUCCAAGAAGACCCCAUCUACGGGAUACAACUACGCAACCACAACCGAGUGAAGGCCCCGACUGCCGAGCGCGCUGCUUCCCUCCUGGACGCGGCCAUCGCAGCGCGUCGGCACAGUGACUUCGUUACGUACCUGUCCCACAGCUCCAUCAUGUUCUUCACUCUCCACGUCCAGCCCCCUCGAACGGAGAGCAGCACCAUUGGCAAAGGUUCGCGUGGCCCCACCAAGUUGACCAUGAUAGAUGUGCGUAGUGGUAUGAGGGGUAUGAUCAAAAAUAAACCUCCUCACUCUGAACUGGGCCCUGUGGUCGUGUCUCUACUGAGUGGACAUAAAACCACCCCCAACAAGGGCAGUAAGUUGACUAUGCUCCUGCGAGAGUCCUUGGGUCAUACAAACUGCCACACUGCAGUGAUCGCUGAAGUUGCUGAUUCACUGGCACACCUUCAAGAGACCUUGUCCACCAUCCAGCUGGCGUCUCGCAUUCGCAGGACACAGAAAAGGACGAAGCAAUCCACCUCAUGCUCUCCUUGCGGGAGGAGUUUAACUAAAGAAAAGAGAGGGGUUCAGUCUUUGUCCCUGCGGGCGUUCCACUCCACCGAUGAGGUCGAUGUUGACAUCCAUCCUUUCCGUCUUCGUGGUGAACUGGAUGAGCAUUCCAGUAGCGACCAGUCGUGUGACACAGUCAUCCAGAUAAACUCAGAUGGCUUCAUCCAGUCUAGUGCAGCCCCAAGGCUGGCACAACCUGAAUUUGUGCCCAUCAUACCUUCUUUGCAUCCCAACAAGGCUGACUUGGAUGAUCCGGAGUUUACCGCUCUCCUCCAAGAGCUUCUGAGAAUUCCUCAGCUGCAGGGAGAGAAGAAGAACGAGGAGACUGCUCAAGGGCAUACUGAAACAUUAAAAGCAGAUAUAAAGCCGCCAGAGAGGGAUUGUCUUAAAUGUGAAACAUUUGCUGAACUUCAAGAGCGUUUGGGCUGUAUCGAUGGCAGUGAGGUGACCAUGGAUGUGCUCAAGUCUUCCUCAAAAGGUCCUUCUGUCACAUCCAAAUCACAACCCCAGAAAGAAGCAGGGAAGCAGGCAGACACCAAAUCAUCAGACGCAUCACAGACAUUGCUGAAUCAGGGUUUAGGCUGCAGUCAGACCUCUGUUGGAGAAAAGCCAACAGAUGGUGCCUCCCCUGGAGACAGUUUCCAGAGGGAGGAUUCAGGUCUGUAUGACUGUGAGGAGUGCAGUGCAACUAGUUCCAGUGAAGAACUCCUCAAUCAAACUCUCAGUCUGAACAUGACCUGUCGCUCUGAGCCUCCCAACACGGGAACUCUUAAGUCACGUGAUAAGCUCCCUUCUCAGGACUUUGAUAUGGCGGCUCAGGGCGGUUCCCUCGCACAUCAGCCUACAGGAAUACAGGAGGGUCCGGAAGCUGCUGAUUGGUUCAAACCAGACAAAAGGGCAUCACCAGUUGGCAAGAGCUCCCCCAUAUCUCCUUCUUCCUCCUGCUCGUCUUCACACUCCCUGGCGACCAGUGUUAUACAUGGGGAUGUCUUACCUAACUGCCCCAUGGAGGAUGUUAAGGAAAUGAAGGCCACCAUCACAGUGACUGUCCAACAGCCACUGGACCUAAAAGGUCAAGAUGAACUUGUCUUCUCUAUGGUAGAGGAGGUGACCAUCAGUGGAGCGUUGAACAGAGGGAGGACGGGCGGAAACAUUAUUUGUAUCAGAGACACCGCCCAGUCACAGGCGCAUGCUCAGGGCUCUGCCAGCUCUCAACCAAUCAGGAUAAUUAGCAAUGUCAGUGAAGAAUCUGUAGCCGCAGGUUCGUCUAAUACAACCAAGAGCUCUGUUGCUCAGCCUGUAGCAACAGAGGACAGCACUGAAAAUCCCCAUCUUCUACCAAAAAGAGAAAAAAAGUUCUUACCUUCAUUUAUUAAUCCGAUGCUAAUUAAUACAGAAGUGGAUUGUGAUUUGGCUGGUGGUACAGAAAAAGAAAGUUCCCGUGAGUCAGGGUCUGAGCUCAAAAGAAAUAAUGUCAAAUGUCCAGAAGAUAGUAAGACGCUCGAGAAGAGGAGUGGAGCUUUUGCCUCUGAAACACAUGUCAAAAAGUCUGACAGGGUAUGCGACUCAGCUUUUAGCCAAAUCUCUUACGACCCAAUGGUUUUGGAAGAUUCAGCUUUCUGCGAUGAAAAUGUGGAGGACAAAAUGUGUGGAAAGAGACCAAGAAGUGCAGACAAGAGACACCCUAGAGACAGGGAACAUGUUUAUUCCACUAACACUCAAAGGGGCUCGGAGGGGGGAGAAAUCAUCUGCAAACAUGUUGGGAAUGCCCCCAGGAGAAUUGGUGUUUCACCUGGUUGCCAAGAAACCGCCACUGCUUCCUUUAAAACAGGUAGUUUGCCUAGAGGCUGGCAAAAUGCCAACUACCCGGAAAGCUACCACGGCUGUCACAUGGCAGACGACUACAGAGACCCAAGGGGGGUGACAUCAUCCACCCCAUGUAGCCCAGGGGUAACUCUGGAGAGGAGGCAGGGCAGACAGCACUCCCCAGCGAACCACAGCCACAACAUGUCCUCCCCUCGGAAAUACAGAACGGAGUACAAACAGAAAGAUAGCAGUGCUUCCAGAAAGGGAGCUGGGUCUUUGUUUGAGACCUCAAGUGUAAGAAUGAAACACGAUAAUAUGAGUGAGAGGCUGAAGUCACCCUUUGACGACAGUGGUAGGCUUUUCAGUUCCAAAUUGGAGCAGCUAGCUAGCAGGACAAAUUCCCUUGGGAGAACCCCAAGCGACUUCCCAACUCUGGAUAGAGGCAGUAGCAACACCUCUAUGAGCUCUAAGGGGAGCUCCAAGGGAAGUAGUGAAGGGGCUUGUAAGGGAGGUUAUAAAGGAAAUAAUGAGGGACAUUGUACAUUACCAAGGGCCAGCAGGAGCCCCAGGAAGAAUCCUCGAUCUGACCAGAGUCCUCACUUCUUCUCUUCUGAAAACCCUGUAGCUCAAUCUGCUAAGCAUACCCAUUACAAGCUCUCUGCUGUUGGGAAACUUAAGAUGGCUACCCCAAAAGUCCGUCGACUGUCAGCCCCCAGCAUCAAGAACCUCAGUCUCUCCCACAAAGGCCUGCGACAGUCCAUCAACCGCAGUGCCAGUCUUUCCCCAGACAGUAAAACUGUUAACUUUGAGCGGACAUCCUCGUUCCUCUCCUCUUCCCCCCCACGAUCUUUUCACUCCAUCAGUCGGACUCCAAGCCAGAGCUCCACAUGCUCAUCCACGAAAUCUGCCAUCCAGGGGUUUGUCAACGGUCGGAUCUCAGACCUCCUUAAGGAAAGGCCCUCCAGCCCGACCUCAGGAGGAGUGGACCACAUCACCGCUCUGCCCUCGCCAUACAGUCGAGUGACUGCUCCCCGCACGCCUGAUCACCUGAGUGGGCACGCGAGUGACACCACUAGCGUGUUGAGUGGCGAUCUUCCACCUGCUAUGGGGAAGACAUCCCUGUACUUCUCGAACAGGAACAGUAUGGUCAGCAGUGGCUAUGACAGCAUGGUGAGGGACAGUGAAGCCACAGGCAGCAGCACCUCAAACAGAGAUUCAGUCAGCGACCGGAGCGGCUCUCUCCUCAGUGUGGCUCGCAGCUCCCGGUCAUCUCGGAGGAAAGGCAGCACAGGUACUCAGCAGCGUCGUCCUUCCCACGAUGCAGCCCUGUCCCUGAGGCGCUCGGCCAGCGGUCUGCGGUCUCGCUGGGUGGAGCGGGGAAUCCCAGAAGCCUACGAGAUCAAGGUCUAUGAAAUCGACAAUGUGCAGAGGAUGCAGAAAAGAGCAGGUGCUGGCAAACAGGGCCCUGCGUGCUUCAGUGCCAAGCUGAAGUUUUUGGAGCACCGUCAGCAGAGGAUCUCAGAGGUCCGAGGCAAAUACAACAACCUGAGGAGGGAGCUGGAGCAGGCCAAACACGACCUCAUGCUGGAGCCUGCCAAGUGGAACCAAGAGUUCGACCUGUGGCAGACGUUCGAGGUGGACUCCCUGGAGCACCUGGAGGCCCUUGAGGUGGUGACGGCUCGGCUGGAGAACAGAGUCAACCGCUGCAAAGCCAACAUCAUGAUGGUCACCUGCUUCGAUGUCGCCACCAGGAGACGGCACAAGAAGAGACGCCGUAAGGCUCCGGAGCAGAGGGCCUUGAAGGGAACCUGAGCUGAACAGUGAGAACUGAGGCAUGUUUAGAAGAGGCAUCUCUUUUCCGCAGACUCUUAUGUUUUACCGGUCACACCUGGAUAUCCGUCUGACACCCAAACCUUUUUCCCACAUGCUGUUUUAACUUAACACACACUUUAUGGUCUCGAUUACCCAAUUACCGCUGAUACCUUUAAAUGAACCAGGUGCUGCAGAUUGGAGUCUUGUACAUUGAUAUUUCAAGCUCCUUCUGCCUUCAUAAGGAGGUCAAAGAUCAAAGACAGAGCUACAAUCCAACAGCUGGCAGGAAUUCUUCACUUAUAAAGGGCUGAUACUUCCAAAACAAUUUAUAACCAUUCACUUUUUAGACUUCCUUGCACAUCGGACAGCUUAAAUAAUUCACUCUAUUUGUCCUUCAAAUAAAAUUUAACAUUAAAAGGAGCCUGUUUUUUAAAAACCAUUUUGGUUUAUACAGUAUAUUCAAAGGUAUCGGUUCAACUCAGUGCAGCAGCUAAUGCUAACAAGACAUUUUAGUGUAGCUACAGGACAAAUGUAACCUUUCCUCCUCUGCUGAGUAUUAAAAACAUCCAAAUUUUGUUUUAAGGUGAUAAACCAAGAGACUCGUCUGGGUUCUUGGAUCUUGAUUAUUUGAAGAGGCUUGAAUACUGAACUGACAAUAUGCUUAAUAUUGGAUAUAACUACUAUAGAUGCUUAUAGACGUCUGUGCAGGUCUACGCUGGUCAUUAAGGCCCUGGUAUUAAGCA